AUGUCGCACUUCGAAUUAGCAUCCUUUCAUGAUAGUGAUGAAGUCGAGGCUAAGCCUCCAUCCUGCUUCAGCUGUGGCAUAGGUGAUAAUUCUGAACAUAACAUUCCAUCCUUUGCAUCCUCACCUCUGAGUCAACAAGUCAACCAGGUUGGCCGUCAUACAUCUCAGGCUGGCAGUCCCAAUAUCAACAGUGAUGUUCCAAGUGGUGCUUCUAGCCUCUAUUCAAACUCUCCUCCGAGUUCUCCACCAUCAGUUAUUAGCAUCAGGUAUUGUAGCACCAAUGCCUCAGAUGGAGAGGACAAUAACUUCCUGAUGACACCUCAAUCCAAGCAAUCCCACAGCGCAUGUCAUGUUGCUAAGCCCUCUUCUGGGGUAGGAUCACCGACUCCAAGUCGUUCUCUCAAGAUUGAAGAUACCAACACUUUCUCUAUUUAUCCCAUGAUCACCUCUUUGGAUGACCAACAUUAUUUCGACAAAUUUUUAGGUAGACCCGUCAAUGACGAGCAAUCAUUGGAGAAGAUCAGCCAAAGGGUUCAGGAUAUCUACCGUAGUCACAUAGAACGGCUCAGCCUGAACUCUGUUCACUGUGCUGUUCAUUACAAGGAAGCUGUUCGAGAAUGCAAACGCAUGCGCUGGUAUACCGCACGCUGGGAGGUCACGGAGGUCCAAAGGCUGCACACCCUCCUUUGCUCCUUGUGUGAUGAAUCUGAAACAGAGUUCAUCAUGGCAGAGCGAGUGUCGCGUUGGCUAUUGGAUGUUCUUGUUCAACAACAGACAAUGCAUGCUACCGCUACACAUGCUGAAUAUGCUGCUGCAACCUGCAACAAUGACAAGAGAUCUUUCCUUCUGGCUGAUGCUGAACUUGUCAUGCUCACUGAUUGUUCUGCAAUGCAACAUUAUUGCCCUUCAUUCGAAUUUCUUGUGUUUAUGUAG